GGUCACUUUAAUUAUAUUUAGUAUGGGAAUUAGUGCUAAAAGUUUUUAUAAAUGAACAUAAUUGCUUUCUAUCAUUACUCGCCCUCUAAUGAAUUUUUUUGAGGGAACAUCUAUCAAAAUAUUAUACAGUUUAGAGACUUUUUCUUAUACCUCUAUAUCGUCCAAGGAAAAAGAGGUUGAAAUGUUAAAACAAGCUAUGAACAAACUUGAUUUAGGCCAAGUACCACAUCCAAAUAUGGUCUGGACAUCGAUUAGAAACAAGCCAUCACGAGUCGUUCAGUUCAUUUCUUUGAUGAAAAGUGCUCUCUCUCACAAGAUUUACUGAUAUUAGUGGUAUUUUGAUACUAAAAUAAGAGGUAAAUAGAUUCCAGAUCUGCCAUCGUAGUAGCAUGCAGUCGCUAUUAUUGGUUUGACUAUUAAUAUAAGUGAAUCCGGUGAGGGAGCGACACGAAUGUGAAGCUUCCUCAAGCUGCUAAGAGGCUAAAAUUGAAUACACCAUGACUUACAAAUUCAAUAAAGAAUGGAAAGCCAGUAGAGGAACAAUAUUUUCAGGUUAUAACUUGGCCUUUAAAGUUAAAUAAAGAAAAAGAAAUAAUGUUAAGAUUACGGAAGAACACUCUCAAUUCAUUAAAGACUAUAUAUACAUUGUAAGGGAUACUACGCAUCUUAUUUCUGCCACUUUCGAGGGCUUAUCCGUUAAUCAAUCCACGGGCUACUGUCACAUAACCAGCGUUGUGGUUUAUAUACGUAAGUAAAAAUAAAAAAAUAAAAUGAAUGAAGAAAAAGAUAGAACAAAAUAAGACAGUGAUGAAAU